AUGAGUGCAAUUGCUGACAACACCGACGGCCCCAUCGAGGUCGUCAAGGUGCUCUUCGCUCUCUACCCCAACUACAACACCCUCGACGUUGCUGGUCCUCUCGAGGUCCUCAAUCGCUCCCUCCACGACCCCAAAGAUAAAUCUACCAAAGGCUUCGAAUGCCAAUUCGUAGGCACCGCGGCUGCCAUGACCUCCGUCCAGGGCCUUACCAUCAAGGCUGAUAUGGACUACGACGACGCCAACGACGAGCUGGAGGAUUUCGAUGUCAUCAUCGUCCCCGGCGGCGAGGGUGUCUUUGACGUCCUUGACAAGAAGGCAGAGCCUCUUAGCAUCCUCUCGAAGUACGUCGAACUUCAGGAGAAGAACCCUGCCAAAGAGCGCACCAUUCUUGCCAUUGAUACCGGCUCCCUCCUCCUCGGUCGCCAGGGUCUUCUCGAGGGUCUCGCUGCCACCACCCACCCUGACUACUAUCCUCGUCUCGAGACCAUCUGCCAGGACGCGUCGACCCGCGACAUGUCCAUGCGUACCGACGUCAUGGAGGAGCGCUACGUCGUCAACAACGCCCGCUUCGAUCUCGGUGAGAACCCAGACGAGAACCCAUACAUUACCAAGAAGUCCCGUACCGGUGCUACUGAGGGUCCCAACACCCAGCACGGUCGUAGGAAGUCUAUCGCCCGCAAGGGUAGCAACGCCUGGAAGGAGUCCCGCCGUCGCGAGUCCGUCGCUCGCCGUGCUGCUCUUCCUCUCGGUGGCAUGCGCGUUAUCACCACCGGAGGUGUCACAGCUGGUCUGGAUGCUUCCCUGUAUCUAGUAGGUUCCCUUGUUUCUCACGAGUCGGCUCUCGAGGUCGCCCGAUCCAUGCAGUAUACCUGGGUCAAGGGUGUUACCGUCGAUGCCAUUGACGUCUAG